CAUCAUCUUAGCAGUAGAAAGCUCUGCAAAGCCUUAUAAUGCUCAUCACUAAGAUUUAAUAGAAGUAUUCGGGUCUGAACUGACCCGCAAAUAGCCAAAAGGCUGGAGGUCUCUUCACCUAGGUGAGAGCGACCAUACCAACGAUGGCCUCACCAUGAGGCCCAUGUGCUCACGCUCAUUCACCUUCACUUUGCGAAUCAGGCUACUCGACUUUGAUCUUUUGUGUGCUUUAGUUUUGAAUUUUUUUCCCUCCACUACAUCUUCCUCAGUAGCACACGCGCAGCCGAUUCCGAUACAGGCUCACAUAUCAUGGAGCUCGGCAGUGAGAUGGUGCAAGUGGUCGUGGGCGCCGACAAAAAGCCUUUCACGUUCCACAAGAAACUCAUUCGCCGACACUCAGAAUACUUCUCUCGCGCGUUUGGACCCAGUUUCAAGGAAGGCGAAGAAAAUACACUGUAUCUUGCCGAGGCCGAUGAGACUUCCUGUCUUCUGUUCCAGUCUUGGAUUUACCUACAAACUGCUCGUUCGCUGCACCCCGUGUCUGCCCCUUCCCUUGCAGAACUUGGACAGGUCGUGAAUUUUGAAAAGUUUGACCCAGCAUCCUUUUCUGGUACCUGGAUCCAAAAUUUGAUCUCUGAAAACACCGAACUCGCUCUCAAGCGUCAUUUGAUUGACCUCUACGUCUUCGCCGACGCUUAUGAGUGUACGACCCUGCGAAACGACAUCAUAAGUGCUUUCAUGCGUCUCGACACACGAUCAAAUUCUGAUAUGGGCUUCGAUCUGGCUCCCUUGAUUUUUGGAUCCGUUCCGUCUUCCUCUACGCUCUCUAGGUACAUCGUCAGAUCGACGGCAAGUCACGGGCUCCUGAAAGGCUACGAUGACAAGGUCGCGAAGUCACAGCCCCAAGAGUUCAAGUCUGAGUUAUUGGCUAUUGGUGAGCAGCGAGGCCGAGGGUUUGCGGAGGGCCUGCGCGAUCCUUGCAACUUUCACGAGCAUGCUAAGGAUGAAGAGAUGCGGCUAUGCGAUUCGGUCUGGCUGAGAGGACAACUUUAUAUUGACGCUCUUAUCUCAGCGUGUAUGGAAGUCGUUGAUGCGCAGUCGUCGAACUGAAGGUCGUUGUCAAAGGUCCCUAUCGAAGAGAUUGAUGGGCAGGAUUUCUGCGAGUGAAUGACUAGCGAGGUUUAUGAGAUGAAGGGCAUUGCACAUUUGUAUACACCGAGUCGGGUCUGUCAAAAUUUGUACACAUUGAUACGAUCCAGCUUGAUAGCCGUCCAAAGAGAAUGCUCUCAU